CUCUCCGCUUCCCUCCGCGGCUUCUCCGCCUCCGUUUCUGGAGAGGUUGCGGCGGCAGCUGGUGGCAUCGGAGGGAAUUCGGGUGCCGAGCGCCGUGGGAGCGACCACGCUGUGUGUCUAGACCGGCUCCGCAGCAGGCGCCUGGCUUGCGGACAGUGUAUGUUUGAUGACUUCUAAUGGGUGUGAGCAAGUUAGAUGUUCUGUACCGGAGACUGCUUCUCACAAAGCUUUUUAUCAGAGGAUGGGGAAGGCCAGAAGAUCUCAAAAGACUAUUUAAAUUCAGAAAGAUGAUUGGAAAUCGAGAAAAAUGUCAGCAUCUGGUUUCAAGUGAUUAUCCAGUCUACAUUGAUAAGAUUGAAGAGCAGUCAGACUGUAAGAUCCUAGACGGACAUUUUGUUUCUCCCAUGGCCCAUUAUGUGCCAGAUAUCAUGCCAAUUGAAUCUGUUAUUGCAAGAUUCCAAUUUAUUGUGCCUAAAGAAUGGAACAGCAAAUACAGACCAGUGUGUAUUCAUCUUGCUGGAACAGGAGAUCAUCAUUAUUGGAGACGAAGAACACUCAUGGCUCGCCCUAUGAUUAAAGAAGCCCGAAUGGCUUCUUUGUUAUUAGAAAAUCCUUAUUAUGGCUGCAGGAAACCAAAGGACCAAGUAAGGUCCAGCUUAAAGAACGUUUCUGACCUUUUUGUGAUGGGCGGAGCUCUUGUCUUAGAAUCUGCAGCUCUCUUACACUGGCUGGAGAGGGAGGGCUAUGGGCCUCUAGGAAUGACCGGCAUAUCCAUGGGAGGACAUAUGGCCUCUUUAGCGGUAUCUAACUGGCCGAAGCCCAUGCCAUUGAUUCCAUGUCUAUCUUGGUCCACAGCAUCAGGGGUCUUCACUACGGGUGUAUUGAGUAAAUCAAUUAAUUGGAGGGAGCUGGAAAGGCAGUAUUAUACACAAACAGUUUAUGAAGAAGAAAUUAUUCACAUGCUUGAAUAUUGUGGUAUGGAUUCUUUCAAAAUGGGACAAGAGUUCAUGGGACAUUUUCCUAGUGGUGAAGACAAAAUAACUAACCUUAAGCUGGUUUCCAGAACUUUAAAGCUAGAUUCAACAGACCAAGUUGGGUCCCCAAAAUCUGCUGAAUGCCUUACAUCUAAUAAAACACCUAUCGGCACCACAUCAGAAGGACUCUUAUUGCAAGACACUUCUAAGAUGGAAUGCUUCAAUAAAACACCUUCAAGUAGUUAUAGGAGUUGCAGUAGUCAGUCAUAUCACCUAGUUAAUAAAGAACCAAAAAGAAGUAAUCUACAGAAAGAACCUUUAAUAUUUAUGAAAGGAGUUAUGGAUGAAUGUACUCAUGUAGCAAAUUUCUCAGUUCCAGUUGACCCGAGCCUAAUUAUAGUGGUUCAAGCCAAAGAAGAUGCCUAUAUUCCACGAACAGGAGUUCGAAGUCUACAAGAAAUUUGGCCUGGUUGUGAAAUACGAUAUCUAGAAGGAGGUCAUAUCAGUGCUUAUCUUUUUAAACAAGGACUCUUUAGGCAAGCUAUCUAUGAUGCAUUUGAACGGUUUCUUCAUAAGUAUGCUAACUAAUUGGAUCACUGUACAUUACCAGAGUGCCCAUCAUCUAUCUUGCAAAAAGGAGAGUCAAUCGUCUGAUAAGAAAAACAAGCAGACAACACUUUGUAUCUAGUUAUUAACAAUGUAAUCCAGAAUUCAGUGUUGCAGAUCCAUUGACUUAUAAGUGUUAAAUACAUUUCAAUCAUAUAAAAUCAAUAUUUGGAUUAAACAAUAUUGAAAUACUUUGUUAUUCUUUGUGAGAUCUCAUAUUUAGUAUCUAUUGUUACUAUUUAUGGAACCUUAACAUUUUAAUUAUGAAUAAUUUAUUAGUUUCAAUAAAUUUAUUUGUAGAAACUUACUGGUGUUUAAUAGCAUUCCUAAGUCAGCAAAAUAUGUAGUAGUUCAGCCUGAAAUACAUACUGUAACAAGAAAUUUCUGUUAACUGACUUAAGAAAGGUGUUUAUUUCUUUUUGGUUCCAUAGUGAAUUUUCUAGUGCUGUUUUCAACAUUAGUUAAUAUGCUAUGGAACUAUUUAUGAUGUACAAAAUUAGUAUUAAAUUUGAAUUCUAAAAAAUAUCAGUUGUUUAUAAAUACUUUUAAUAGUCAAAAUGGGUUCUGAAAUGCAGAGAUGAUACUUAAGAAUUGACCAGAAUUUAAAACUUUGUCAAAUAUUAAGUUUUAAAAAUGCCAUACAUAUUUCCCAGCUUGAAAAGUCUCAGUUCUGGCAAAAUGGAAAUACAAUAGAAAACUUACUGCAUUAAUUUAUGGUACUGUGUCUAAUAUUUUCUUAUGUGCGUACUUUGAGUUUGCUAAACACCUAACCGUAUUUUAGACUUAGUACUUCACAACUUUGACUUUAGUUUCAGAAUUUAAUAACCAUAUAUAAAUUUUAUCUGUACCAUGUGAAUAUCUUUUUAAAACGAGAGUGGAUGGCUAUCCUUGGUGCUUUUCUUCUUGUGUUAAGCUUCUCAACUUGAGAGCAACAAUAUUAAAAACAAAACUGGAAAAUAUUUCUUGGUGUCUUGUGAAGAUUUAGAGUAAACAUCUUUGACCUUUUUAAAAAUCUCUUUUGUCUAUAAAUUAUUUUAAAAUAUGUGUUCUCAUCCUCAGGAUAUUUUAAUUAUAAUAUUCCUUGUAGCCUUUGUAAUGGAAAUUUUGUCAUACCAACAUUUCCAUUAUGUCUUAAAAUUACUUGUUUUCAAAUUGUUAAAAAUUAUUAAUGUGAAGUCCUUGAUGGCAAAUGUAUUAACAUCUUUAAAGCUACAUUGACAUAAUAAGCCAACAAAGUACAGCUCUUUGAACUAUUUCUGCAAAAGUAUGUAUUCAGACUGUAGCUUUUAAGUUUAACUGAACAUAUAACAGUCUACUAAGUCCUUCCAUAAAAUACCUUUGAAAGAUAAUGUGAAGCUGUCAGAUGAUUUACAAGUAUUUUCCUAUAUCGUGUGAACUGAGGUAAUAUGAUUGAAUGCUUUGCCUAACCAGUGGCUUUAGUAAUACCAUUUUCACAUAAACAUUUCUUAGUAAAGAAUAAUGUACUGCUGUGUUUCUAUUAUUAAAAGAAUUAAAUCUUGCCUAGUUGUAUUUAACUCAGUCAUACCUAUUUUUUCACAAAUAAAUAUGAAAGCAGAUAUUUUAAAACCAGGCGUUUCUAAAAUAUAUACACAUAACUGAAUUGAUUAAAUCAGGGUACAAAACACCUUUUCUUAGAGUUUUUCUUUUUUUAAUUUACUUCAUCCAAAACACUAACUGAAGCUUUAAAAGACAUACGUAUAUAAAAACACACAGACACAAGUCAAAGUGCUGAGUUGCCUGCCAUGUUGAGAACUGAGCACAUGCCUGCUAGGUAACCACUCAAAAGUAGAGUUACAAACUGCACUCCCACGAGCCAGUCUAACCCUGCUGUGUUUCACUUGGAGUGACUUCUCUAACAUGUUGUAAUUUGAAAAGCCUUAGGCUGGUAAUGGACUCCCCAGUAUGCCCCUACCUGCUAGAUUUCCUCUUUCUCGAUCUCGAUUACCCCAUUACUUUGUAUUUCCUACCGAGCCCCUGAAGACAUCUGAGUUGGAGACUCCAGAUUUAUAUCUGUGGUUAGAAAAAGUUUUUGAAUUUCAUGAUUUGUUAAUGUUGUAAUUACUUUGACAUCAUUUUACCGUGUGCAUUCUAAGUUGUUUUUACAUGUAAUUUCCUCAAUGUGGUGCUUUCACAAAGUAUUGAAUUGUUAAAACUGUAGCUGUAAUUUCUAAAAUUAUUUACAAAUAUUUUAUACUUUACAAUAAAAAUGUUUAAACAG